AGCCGCACACAGCAGCGCGAGUCUCACAGCUUCAGUGGACAGCUCCGUGGUGCUGAAAUCUCGGAGACACCACUCUCUCUCACACUCAAUCCCUGACGCAUGACUGGAACCAUGGAGGGAUUCUCGUGGAAACUUUUUCUACUUUCCUGCCUGGUUGUUGUGGAGAGCCUCGGGCAAGACUUCGGACAGACGCAGUUUAUUUGCACGUCAGUGCCCAAGGAUAUGGACUUGUGCACAGCUACGAUGCAAAACAGCGGCCCGGCGGAAGACCUGAAGAGCACUAUCAUACAACUGCGGGAGACGGUGCUGCAGCAAAAGGAGACCAUUGUGAACCAAAAGGAGACAAUCAGGGAACUAACAUCCAAGUUGAGCCGCUGCGAGAGCCAGAGCCUCCCUGCGGCCGCAGGACCUGGCGGUCGGCGGCCAGGGUCGAAGAACACGAUGGGGGAUGUAUCUCGGGGCACUACGGAUACUCUGGCCCAGCUGGGACAGACUUUACAGACGCUCAAACAGAGACUGGAGAAUCUAGAGCAGUACAGCCGGGGGAAUAACACCGUGCAAGCAAACAGCCUGAAAGACCUGCUGCAAAACAAGAUAGAUGACAUGGAGAAGCAAGUUCUGUCCCGGGUCAACACGUUAGAGGAGACCAAAUCCGGAUCGAGGAAUGACACCGAGCAGCGGAACAGAGUGGAGUCCACGCUCACCUCUCUGCACCACCGGAUAACAGACCUGGAGAAAGGCAAAGACACCCGGCCAACAGAUAAGUUCCAGAUCACUUUCCCCCUGAGAACCAACUAUAUGUACGCCAAAGCAAAGAAGAGCCUUCCUGAGAUGUACUCCUUCACCGUGUGUCUGUGGAUCAAGUCCAAUGCUUCGCCUGGGGUGGGCACCCCCUUCUCCUAUGCAGUUCCAGGACAGGCCAAUGAACUGGUGCUGAUUGAGUGGGGGAACAACCCCAUGGAGAUUCUCAUCAAUGACAAGGUUGCAAAACUGCCGUUCCUCAUCAAUGAUGGAAAAUGGCAUCACCUCUGCAUCACGUGGACCACCCGUGACGGGAUGUGGGAGGCCUUCCAGGACGGAGUGAAGCGGGGCAGCGGGGAAAAUCUGGCACCAUACCACCCCAUCAAACCAGAGGGUGUGCUGGUCCUGGGACAAGAGCAGGACACGCUGGGAGGAGGCUUUGAUGCCACACAAGCCUUUGUUGGUGAGCUGGCAAACUUAAAUAUCUGGAAUAAGAAACUUUCUAUCACCGAGAUCUAUAACUUGGCAACCUGCAAUAGCAAAGCAUCGACUGGCGAUGUGUUCUCCUGGACAGAGAGCAACAUCGAAGUGUUUGGCGGAGCGACCAAAUGGACCUUCGAGCCUUGCCGUUCAGCCAACUGAACUGCAUCUCACCGCUGAAGAAAGGCCUAUCUGUAUUUCUGAGCUUUUGUCGUUCUUGUCUUCAUUUGACGUUUGUUAGAGACUAUCUGAGUUAUAAGUAAGCUUAAAUCUGGGAUUUCCACCAUUCUUAGGUAUCCAUGUUGCAAAACAACGCUUUUCAUCUUGAGGAAAAAAAAAAGAAUCUAUUUCAUCUUGGAAACCUCAGUGAGAAAGUAUUGCUAUUAUCCUUUUUCUUUCUUGGACAUUCAGUUGAAAGCACAUCUAAGCUUUUCGUUUGGCUUAUUUCGUCUUGGACUGGCAACUGGCAAUCUGCGCCUUACGUUUGGACAAUUCACAAUCCAAGUGAGGAAUUACAUAACCACUCUCGCCCCCACCCUUCCUUCAGGAGAGUGGGAGAUUACGCUGUCCGUCCAAUUCUUGUCAGUGUUUGGCGCUGUAAAGUGAUGUCUGAUGCGGUACAGCUCCCCGUGACCCCUCCCUUCCUCCCAUGCCUCCCUGCCACCCUCCCUCCUCCUCCACUUUGCCCCGCCCCUCCGGAACUUGCACUGUGACUGAUGAAGAGGAAUGCCAGGAGAGGAGGGUACGUUGAAGGACACUGCAAAGUCAAACUGUGGUACAAGUCGAUUUGUAAUCAUCGUUCGCUUCAAGUGUUUCUGUAAGAAUGUCGUUAACUUGCCAACAUUGCUAGAAGCCUGGGUGCCUUGGGCUGGUACAAAUAUUCAGCACAUUCGGUAUGUUUUCAGUUGCAAAUUCAAUGUUUACUGGUUUCUGUUUUUUCUUUUUCUUUUCCCCUCUGAGCUGGGUUGAGUUUCUUGUUCUUCUGGUAAACGUGAUUUAAUUACAGUUUGUUAUCUGACAUGACGUGUUUUGGCAGGUGUUUGUACUACUCUGUAUUAGGAAUGUUACAGUAACUGUAUAGUAACAGCAUGAAUGACAGAGUGCUGUGAAAGCAUUGUUGAAAUCUGCUUUACUAUCUUCUCCGGGUCUGGGUUUUUUACUGUAUUGUUAUAUGCUCCAAGCAUGGCAAAACUGAGAGAUGAAGAAUUUAAUUUUUGUAAUAAAAUUGUGAUACUUAAUGUCA